AUGCAACCUUUACGACUUUUACUCUUAGGUAGUCCUGGAUCGGGGAAAGGAACUCAAUCUGAAAGACUGAAAACAAACUUUGGUGUACAUCAUCUUUCCAGUGGUGAUUUACUUCGAAAGAAUAUCAAUCAACAAUCCUUUAUUGGUCAACAAGCUGCUGACUAUGUAGCUCAAGGUCAACUUGUUCCUGAUAACCUUCUUGUAUCAUUAGUAGAUCGUGAACUUGGAAAAAUUGGUGGUCACAAUUGGUUAUUGGACGGAUUCCCACGCACAUUGAAGCAAGCACAUGAGUUGGAUAAUACAUUGAAUAAAUUGAUGCAACCUUUGAAUUUGGUGAUUAAUCUGGAAGUACCUGAAGAAGUCAUCUUGGAUAGAAUCAUGGAUCGAUGGGUACAUAUUCCUUCAGGCCGUGUAUAUAACUUAUCAUACAAUCCACCUCGUGUACAAGGAUUGGAUGAUGUGACAGGUGAACCAUUAGCAAAACGACCUGAUGAUUGUCCUGAUGUAUUUCGAGUUCGAAUGCAACAACAUAAAAUCAUGGCUGAUCCUUUAUUGAAUCAUUAUCAUUCCAUUGCUGUCACUGUCCGGGGAAAUACAAGUGAUGAAAUUUAUCCUCAAAUUGAACGGGAAAUCGUUAAUCGAUUGGGUCUUCUUCCUGGAUCUACUACAACAACAUCCUCUUCCACUUGUAUGCCUGGAGCCUCCAUGAAAGCUGCUAAUGUUGUUGCCAAGUAUCAUCAACGUCGUCGUCAACAAUAUUCUGCUCAAAACUCUACUGGUCAAGAACGUGUGGUUGGUGUAGCUCAAUAA